UCCGAGAAGCCCCGCCUCACCGAGCAAGAGAAGAAGAACAACCACAUCGCCUCCGAGCAGAAGCGGCGGCAGGCCAUCCGCGACGGCUUCGACCGCCUCGCGAGCAUUGUGCCCGGCAUGGAGGGCCAGGGCCGCAGCGAGGCCGUCGUGCUCGAGGCCACCAUCAAGUUCAUGCGGAGCAAGAUCUCGGAGCGCAAGGCGCUCGUCGAGGCCGCCAAGGAGGCCGGCAUCGACACGACGACCUGGGAGCUG